AUGGACGAUCCCAACUAUUGGGAACAGCCAGCGGCUGAAUGGCUCGAUUUCUUCGGCGAUCUUAACUUCGACAUGGAUUUCAGUGCCGGCCCAUUUCUCGGUCUCGAUUGCUCAUCACCGAUUCAAUCCAAUGCUUCUGCCCAUUACAACGUUGAAGAUAGCUUGAACACACUUUCAGGCACAGCCUCGCCAAAGAGCUCUCUUGAAAAAAUGCAACUCCCACCAACUCUAACGUGCGAAGAUGCCACCGCUAUCAAAGCAAGUCGCCCCACGUCCCAUAGCACGCCUCGGGAUAUUGGCACAAGAAUUUCGCGUCAAUCUCCUGAAGCGCCAGAUUCGGACAAGCGGUCAUCCUCUGCAGGUCUCAAGCGAAAGAUAGAUCAAUCGGUGACUGUGUUCUCCUCAACGUCCAGCAAGGAGGUGACUCCUAGGAAGCGCAAAACCUUCUCGGCAUCCCGAAAGAAGGAGGUUGCUUUGAACAGAAAGGUGGGGGUUUGCAUUCAAUGCAAGAUUCGAAAGAACAGGUGUACUUUCGGACUACCAUGCGAGCCUUGCAUCACGCGGGCGGGAGGUGCUGCUUUGGGCCAUCAAUUGUGCAUGAGGCAAAGCCUCCUCUCAAUUCGCUUCGAUAAUGUUGAUCUCGUGAAUCAAACAAGGAUAGAGUCAGAUACGAGGGAGAUCCGGGCGCUCCAUGACAUUCCCUCAAGCAAACCCGCAUACCUCUGGUUUCCAGGCAGCCCACUCGUCCCAGAAGCUUUCCUGAAGAUUCACGUCAUCGAAUUCCAGUCCUCGGGAUAUCAACCGACUCGAGAUGUCAUUUUUCAUGACUAUUUCCACAGCUCUGCGUCAUGUGUCCCGAAUAGUCACCUAGCACUUGAUCCCAGACGUCUCCCUUCCAUUGAAGAAAUUUUGAAGAUCUUCACCCUAUGUUGGGAUGGUGUUCGGCUUGCUCCAGGCCCGUUCUCGGGUCUGCAUAAGGCAGUCGAGAAGUUCGUGGAAAGUUACUGCAAUCGAAGAUCGGAUAUGCCCAUGAAGGACUUGCUAGCCAAAAUCACACGCUUGUAUCGUCUCUUCGGGCUGUAUCGUAUCAUUCCGUACACUUGGUCAACCCCAGAUUGCGUCGAAGGCGAACUUGCUUCUCCAGUCAUAUUGGCACAACUCAGAUUGCUCGUAUGUGGAGAGCUGAAGUCCGUUGAGAUCCAAGUGUUCUCGGCUCUAUAUCGACUUAUAUAUGACCAAGGAAAUAUUGGAAGGCAGAACUCAUUGGCGGUUUGGGCGUGUCUGUGGGCACUACUGUUCACAUACAAGCACCACAUGGUAUUCACCAGGUCUACGCUGCCCGAGUACGACAUUAGUCCAAUGAUACACGCUGCAAGAUUCCAGCUGAACCAGCAUCUGUACAACACCUUGACAUCGACGUAUGCGGCGCUGUACAACAGCACCUCCCCACUGACGCUGGACUGGCGUACCGAAGAGAUAGCUUCGCUGCUAGAUCGCGACCCCGAGUUGAUCAAGCUUUUCUGCAACAUAAAGACAGAGAUGUUCUGGUUCUAUGCAAUCAAAGAUAGCCUGCUUGAAGAGGAUACACUAUUCAAGAGUCUGAUUAUCGAAAAUGAGAGUAAACUGUUACGGGCACACAUCAAGGCGGCGAAGAAGAAGGGUAUCUUAUAA